AUGGCUAAUGCUAAAUGGUUUGGUAUGUUUCAGGUGAAGCAUCUUGGAAUCUACUUCAUCUCCUCCCAGGAGUUUCUCGCUAAUGCUUACGUCCUCGCCGUGCUGCUGUUCUUCGCUCUGCUCCUCCAGAGGACUUUCCUCCAGGCCUCCUACUAUGUUGCCAUCGAGACUGGAAUCAACCUGAGAGGAGCCAUUCAGACAAAGAUCUUCAAUAAAAUAAUGCAUCUCUGCACCGCCAACAUGUCCAUGGGGGAAAUGACAGUGGGCCAGAUCUGCAACCUCGUUGCCGUAGACACCAACCAGCUGAUGUGGUUCUUCUUCCUGUGUCCCAACCUGUUCGCAAUGCCAGUUCAGAUCAUAGUGGGAGUCAUCCUCCUGUACUACCUCCUGGGAAUAAGUGCCUUGAUAGGGGCCACGGUCAUCACCCUCCUGGCUCCGGUGCAGUACUUUGUGGCGACCAAGUUAUCAGAUGCACAGAAAAGCACAUUGGAAUAUUCCAGCGAGCGGCUGAAGAAGACCAAUGAAUUGCUGCGGGGUAUCAAACUCUUGAAGCUGUAUGCCUGGGAGCACAUCUUCUGCUCGAGCGUGGAGGAGACCCGGCGCAAAGAGCUCACCAGCCUGCAGACCUUUGCCCUCUACACCUCCAUAUCCAUGUCGUUUGGUUUGGAGGAAGUGGCGAAAACUGUUCAGCAGCAAAUCCGCUCAGAGGCAAGAGAUGGUGUAUUUCAGACUGGAAUUGAAUGUGUUCAGAAGCUCAGCGAGUUUUUCUCCUGUGAUGAGAUUGGAGGUGAACAGGAGCCCAGAGCGACUAUCAUACCCAAUUCAACCAAUCACAAAUAUCAAGCCCUGCCUCUGAAGGUGGUGAACCGUAAGCGGCCCGUCAGAGACGACUGGAACAGCUUCGCCCUUCAGAGCGAGCAGGAGGACGAGCCGCUGGCGGUGGAGGAUGAAGAUAUCUGUAUCAAGAUCACAAAUGGAUAUUUCAGCUGGACUGAUGGAACCCCAACGUUGUCCAAUGUGAAUAUUAAGAUUCCUUUUGGUCAGUUAACUAUGAUAGUGGGCCAGGUGGGUUGUGGGAAAUCAUCUCUGUUGUUGGCUGCACUGGGUGAGAUGCAGAAGAUCUCCGGCACUGUUAAAUGGAACAGACUGCCCACUCUGGAUGCAGAAGGAAAUGAAAGCCCCACAGAUGCAGCUGCAGAUGGGGAUAUCAGGAAAAGAGGUGCUGUGGCAUACGCUUCCCAGAAGCCCUGGCUCCUAAACACCACGCUAGCGGAGAACAUCACUUUUGAGAUGCCCUUAAUAAAGCAAAGGUACAGAGCGGUAAUUGAAGCAUGUUCUCUCCAGCCGGACAUUGACAUCCUGCCCCAGGGGGACCAGACGGAGAUCGGAGAACGGGGCAUUAUUCUUUCCGGAGGCCAGAGGCAGCGAAUCGGUGUAGCUCGAGCUCUUUAUCAAACCACCAAUGUGGUGUUCCUGGAUGAUCCCUUCUCAGCGCUGGACAUUCACCUGAGUGAUCACCUGAUGCAGGAGGGUAUUCUUAAACUGUUGAGGGAGGAGAAGAGGACGGUGGUGCUUGUGACACACAAACUGCAGUAUCUCCCACACGCAGAUUGGAUCAUUGCAAUGAAGGAUGGCAGCAUACAGACAGAAGGGACAUUAAAGGACAUCCAAAAUUCUCAGCCUGAGCUGUUCGAGCAGUGGAAGACUCUGAUGCACAGACAAGAUAAAGAAUUUGAGAAGGAGACAGUAGAUGAGAAUAUGACAGUUCUGGAACGAAAAAAUUUGAGGCGAGCCAUGUACUCUAGAGAGGCUUUGAAGACUGAGGAGGAAGAAGAAGAACAGUCCGUGGAGAGCGAUGAAGAAGAUAACCUAUCUCAAGUGAUGAGGCACAGAGCCACCAUCCCAUGGAAAUCCUGCGGGACAUACCUGAGCUCAGCAGGCCUCCUCCUGCUUCUCUUGCUCCUGCUGUCCCAACUCCUCAAACACUCCCUAUUGGUGGGCAUCGACUACUGGCUCGCUUACUGGACGUCCAAAGUCAUCACAGCCAAAAAAACCAUUGCAGCCACACACAACAGCUCCCUAGUGCAGACACAGGCCCAGCACAAGCGUUUUGCUUAA